CCGCGCAUGCGCGUUGCGUCGCAGCAAACCGGGGCACGAUGGCUGCGGAUAGCGCCUUGCUGCUGUCUCUGGUGGAGGAAUUUGUGUCGGGGCUGCAGGACAGCAAGGCCGGGGACACGGCGACAGGAAUCAAAAGUGGACAGUUUACAGUCCUGCAGCUGGUGGAAGCACUGGGCCUGAGUCUGACGAGCUCGCAGCCUCACACACGAGCCAGAGGAGUCCAGCUGCUCUCUCACGUGCUGCAGGAGUGCUAUGGAGAUCUGUCUGAGGGAGAAGUGGAGGUUCUCGUCGCCUUCUACGAGAACCGGCUGAAGGAUCACUACGUCAUCAUCCCGCACGUCCUGCAGGGGCUCCAAGCGCUGACAAAAUGCUCGGUGCUGCCCCCUGGCUGUGCCGUGUCCAUGCUGCGCUCUCUUUUCCAGGACGUCCACGUUCAGUCUCUGAUGCUGGCGGAGAGAUCCUGUGUGUACAACAUGCUCAUCAACCUCAUGGAGUCCAGGGAGGCCGAGCUGAAGAGUUUGGGGGCCGACUUUGUGUUUGGGUUUGUCCAGUCGAUGGACGGCGAGAAGGAUCCUCGCAACCUCCUCCUGGCGUUCCAGAUCGCCAGGAACAUCAUCUACGGGGGUUAUGAUCUGGGUAAAUUCGCGGAGGAGCUGUUCGAGGUGACGUCCUGCUAUUUCCCCAUCGACUUCACCCCGCCUCCGAACGACCCGCACGGCAUCACGCAGGAGGAGCUCAUCCUCUCUCUGAGGGGCGUCCUCGCCGGGACGCCGCAGUUCGCUGAGUUUCUGUUGCCUCUGAUCAUCGAGAAGCUGGACUCGGACGUGCAGAGCGCCAAGCUGGACUCGCUGCAGACUCUGGCUGCGUGUGUGUCGUUGUAUGAACACAAGAACGUGGCCGAGUUCCUCCCCGGUCUGUGGGCUUCGCUGCGCAGAGAGGUGUUUCAGACCAACAGCGAGCGGGUGGAGUCCGCCGGCCUCGCCGCCCUCACCGCCCUCACGUCCUGUCUGUCCCGCUCGGUCGUCAGCUCCGACUCGGACGACGCCCUCAGAGCCUUCCUGGACCUCGUUCUCUCAGACUGCCAGCAUCACCUGAGCGAGCCGGACCUGAAGCUGGUGUGGCCCAGCGCCAAGCUCCUGCAGGCGGCCUCCAGCGCCUCCUACAGGGCGAGUCACGCGGUGGCGGCCGCCGUCAUGCCCUCGCUCAUCGAGCAGUACAACAGCAGGACUCAGUCUUCCCAGCGGCGGACGUUACUGGAGGUGCUGCAGGGCUUCAUCGCUCCGGCCAAAAGCAGCCAGUCAGCAGAGAAAGAGGAGAGUGUGUUUUCAGCUUUCCGCCAGUCGCUGUGCAACAUCGUGUUCUCGGCGCUGUCGGAGAGCAGCGCCGGCCUGCAGGUCACGGCCACGUCCGUCCUCACGGCGCUGGGGCAGCAGGCAGGUCUGCUGCAGGACGGCGAAGUCGAGCUCGCCGUCGAUCACCUGACCCGAGUGAUGCUGGAGGAGAACGACGACAAAGUCUAUCUUGCCGUAGUGGACUGUGCCGGCACUUUGGCCAAGUUACAUCCUGCAGCUUUUAUCAGUAAAAUGAUCCCGAGGCUGAAGCUGCAGAUUUUCUCUGAGCCCAUGAUCCAAGACGACGACAGCAACACACUUCCCAAGCCACAUUCCCAUCAUGCAGUGCGUCAGCGGUGUUUCUCGGCCCUGGCGGCGGUGUCCACGCUGCCUGCCGUGGUGCAGGAGAGCACGCCCGUCCUCCUCCAGGUCCUCAGAUCUGCACACACAGGUGUGGCGUGUUUCUCGCUGGACGAGGUGGAGUCGGCGUGCCACAGCCUGCAGAGGAUAGCGGAGCAGGCCCGGGACGCCGAGGAGACCGGCCGCUGCUUCCAUGACGUCAUCAUCCCGCAGCUGCUGAGUCUGGCCCUGCAGGCGGCCGUGCAGGGUGAGGCUUCGCCGCGUGGCAGCAGCCCCCUGGCCGAGGAGGCCGUCCUGUCGGCGCUGGUUCCUGUCAUCAGCACCGCCUGCUCCCGGCAGCAGCCCACAUUCGCGGCUCAGACGGCGUCGAGGGCCGUGUCUCUCUUCCUGGACGAUGAUGUUUCCUUCCUGCCCGACAACUCCUUCCCCUCACACAUCCAGCUGCUCAAGCAGCAGCAGCAGCAGGACGAGUCGUGGAGGCGGACGCAGCUCGUCUGCCUGCUGAUGGGCUGCGUGUGCUCGCUGCCACCGUCCGUGGAGCUGCCUCAGGUGGAGCGGCUGCUGUCCGAGCUGGAGGAGCUCAGCUGUACCUGCAGCCACUCGCUGUCCCACACCUCGGCUGCUAAAUGCUACGCCGGCCUGCUCAACAAGCUGCCGCAGGGGGAGUUUCUGGACGGGCGGGUCCAGAGGACGAUGAAGAGAGUGUGUGUUGAGCUGGACUCUCCCUCCUCUCCUGUCAGGACGCAGGCCUUCACACUGCUGCUCUGGGUGGCCAAGGCUCUGCUGCUCAGAUACCACCCUCUGACCUCUGCCCUGACCGACAAGCUCUUCUCUCUGCUCGGAGACGCUGACCUGGGCCCGAUGGCGGCCGACGGCUUCUCGCUGCUGAUGAGCGACUCCACCGACGUGCUGACCCGCUGUUGCCAUGCCGACGUGCGCAUCAUGUACCGCCAGCGCUUCUUCAGCGAGAACUCGGCCAAGCUGGUCGAGGGCUUCAACUCGGCGCCGCAAGAGAAGAAGCCCAGCUACCUGAAGGCUCUGUCCCACAUCGUCAACAAGCUGCCCAAACAGGUGCAGGUCACCGAGCUGCCAGCGCUGCUGUCUCUGCUGCUGGAGGCCCUGUCCUGUCCUGACCAGGGCGUCCAGCUGUCCACCAUGUCCUGCCUGCAGCCCAUCCUGCUGAAGCCGCCGCCCGCCCUCGUCCAGCAGCUGGAGGCGCUGCUGAGCCGCCUGCUGGGCCUCACCGCCAGUCCCAGCAUGAAAAUAAGAAUCGCCUCCCUGCAGUGCAUCAACAGUCUGUCCUGGCUGCCCGAACACGAGAUCCUGCCGCUCCGGGCCCGAGUGCUGCGAGCUCUGGCUCGGCCGCUGGACGACAAGAAGCGCCUGGUGAGGAGCGAGGCGGUGCAGGCGCGAGGACAGUGGUUCCUGGUAGGAAGUCCGGGGGGGAGGUGAUUGUUUUUUCCUCCCACGUUCCCCCCCCCCCCCCCCCCCCCCGUCCCAUCCCGAGGAGGACCGAGCCGGGACGAACUCCGAGACCAGGAGCCGCUCCAGGGACACGCCCCCCCCACACCACACCGUGCCCCGCCCCUCUCUGGAUCUCCCUCCAUCCCUCCCUCCCUCCCUCCCCCCUUCCCUCCCUGCCAAAUGAAAUCCUUCCAUCUUCUCCAACAGUUUUCACUGAAACUUUUUUUUUUUCCUUUUUGAUUGCUUCCGUUUUGACGAGCGCACAAACGAGUGGAUUUGGACCGACUGCGAGGCCGCCGCCUGACGCGACACCCGGCCGGAGGUGGAGCUGAAAGACGGGGGACGACGAGCGGCGUGUCGCUAAAACGUCUGCUUCUCUUCCUCGCUUCGUACGGGAGCGAGCGAGCGAGUCAGGCUGCAGCGGCUCAAACAACCUCAGAUGCAUUUUGACGUUCAUUUUCCUUUUCGUCUCCUUCCACCUGACGAGGGGAGACGAGCCAUUUUAAAACCCCCCAGUUCUUUCAAAGGACCACAGCAGUGAUUUUGAAUUGAUUUUGACAGCCUGUUUACCCACAUUUUACAUCACAAAUCAUGCAGGAGUCACUAAAUCUCCUAACAAAAUCAUCUCCACUCACAAACCACAGAAGCUGAACUACCUGUACCUGUGAGUUUGUACAUUUUGGAGAUGUGAGUGUAAUCACGCUGAAAUCACUGGUCUGGUCCUUUAAAAUGGGUUCAAAUUCAGUUUCCUUGACUUUAGUCUUUCAUGUUGAACUGAUUUACGAUGAAUUGAGGAGCGGAACCAAGUCUCAGUGUCUAAAAAAAAAAAAAAAAAAAAAAAAAAAAAAAAAAGCUUCAGUUAAUGGGAGUGAAUAUAACUUGAUGAAAUAUUUAGUCGCAUGAGUUUUAUAAUCUGAGAGCGCUGGCUGGUUUGGUGUUUCCAGUCUUCAGCACUGCGGCAGUGAGGUGGCACGUCGCGACCUGCACGCCUGACUCGCCGCCUCCCGUACGAAGAGACGGAGACGCCGCUCUGCAGUCACCCCCGUGAGCCGACAGGUGACCGUGCCAACUUUGGCAGCACCGAUAACGUUUUUUUUUUUCUCUUCAGCUUCUGAGUGUGUUGUGAGAAUGUGUGUGACCUCGGCUCGGGAGCAGCGGGACCUGCAGCACGGCCAAACCAAACUCCUGAGCAGCACUUAACCAAGCAGGCACUGACGGCCUUCCCUUCACAUGAAUGUGUAGCAGAGUAGUUCUGUCUUAAAGCGGCCGAGGCGUUGGAUUUACGUCGCUCAGGGGGGCCGGCCGGGCGGGGCGGUGAAGGGAAAGCGACGAUCACGCGCCGGAUGUCGCCCCGUCGGCCUCCGCUGAGACGAAUCCAACGCCUCGACACGGCGUCUGUCGCAGAGAUCGUGGUCGAAGGCUUUUCCACUGACAUUAGCAAGACUGAUUUUAAGAGUAAUUUUACAUGAUUGAAUAGUUAUAAUGAGGAGAUAUUGUGACUUUAACGGCUGAAGAGUUUCUAAGUGACGCGAGCAGUUUGUCACUCAGUGUGUUGGAGGAAAGGCCGAGGCUGGCAGCAUUAUGUUAGAGUUUUUCACUCUGUGAGGUCGGCUCGCGCGGCACCUCACAGCCACUUAUGCCAAGAAUCUAUGGACGUUAUUUAAAAUGUCUAACUUAAAAUGUCAUUAAACUCUUUUUUUUGUAAUUGUA